AUGAAGGGUCAUCACCUAGAGGAAGAAGCAAAGGCAGAAGCAGAAGUAGGAGCAAGAAAAGCGAAUAAUGAGUCCAAAACAGAGUUGAAUAAAGCUGAAGCAAAGUAUGUAAGAUGGAUGGCAAUGCAAGAGUCUAUACUUAAGCAAAAAUCCCAAGUAAAAUGGUUCAAGGAGGGAGACUACAAUAGUAGAUAUUUUCACAAUGCUAUGAAGGGUAGAAGGAGAAGGUUGCAGCUCCACAGAGUGAAGAAUCAUAGAGGAAGAUGGAUACAAGGUGAUGAAAAGAUAUCCAAGGCUGCAGUCCAAUAUUUUGAAUCCAUGUUUAAUCUGAAUCCUACUGUGUUGGAUAGUGAUAUUAUCAGUUGUAUCCCCGAAUGCAUUACCAGGGAAGACAAUGAUCUCCUAUCACAGAUGGUUAGUGAAGAUGAGAUCAAAGAAGCGGUUUUUGAUAUAAGUCCAGCAAGUCCAACAAGUCCAGAUAGAUUCAAUGGCACUUUUUAUCAUAAAUAUUGGUCUAUUAUUUCUAAGGAUGUCAUAGAAUUUGUCAAGAGCUUCUUCAAUGGAAACAAGAUGAUAAGAUUUUAUUCUCAUACAUGUUUGGUUUGA